ACCAAAUUCAGAAACCUCCCCCCUAUUGUUUCAAUGCCCCGCAAACACGAAAGAUCGCUUGCGAACGGCGAGAUCCCGCGUUACGCCAUCGACUUUGCUCCCAUAGUCCACCUCUACUCGGAAGAGAGAUAUUUGCCAUAUGAUAUUCUGAAAUUUGUAACAAAUUUCCAUGUAGAAUACGAAAACGGAACAACAAUUCCGGGUUUCGAAAGCUUAACAUUGCAAAAAAUGGGAGAAUUACCUCCAGAAAGAGAAAUAUUCCUCACGUCGGAGUCUGACUUUGACACCGAUCCAGAAUGGAUCACCGGUUCGAAAAACAAACCCAACUUGAUCAACGGUGAGAUUAAAGAUGCCCCUGCCACUUUGAUUGUAGUAGACAAAGGAAACGGCUGGGUGGACGCCUAUUGGUUCUACUUCUAUUCCUUCAAUUUGGGUCCAUUUGUCAUGGGUUCGGGUCCCUUUGGUAACCAUGUAGGUGACUGGGAACAUUCGCUAGUCAGAUUCUACAAGGGCCAACCUGUCAUUGUGUGGAUCUCGGCUCACGGAGGUGGAGGUGCUUAUUUCUACCAUAAUUUAGAGAAGUAUGCCUUGCAGCCCACUCAUCCAAUAAUUUUCAGCGCCAGAGGAACCCAUGCCAAUUAUGUGAGUGUUGGCCAACAUCCACAUGAUUUGCCCUACGGAAUCUUAUCUGAUUUCACCGAUAGAGGUCCAUUAUGGAAUCCUACGAAAAACUAUCUAGGCUACACCUUUGAUGGAGAAAAAGUCUAUCCCGGUUCCACCAACACCAACGCCAAACAUGUAGGUAGAGAAGUAGAGUUUGGCAAUUGGUUGGCAUUUGCAGGACACUGGGGAGACAAACAGUUGCCUGACGACGAUCCCAGACAACGUUAUACCCUUAUAGGCGGCCACAAGUAUAUCGAUGGUCCACGUGGACCAUUGAUGAAGAACUUGUUGAGAUUGAAGCCCUGUGAAAGACACAAGUGGUGGAAUUUCUGGGCUGGCUGCAACGUUAGAGAAAAUAUCAAAUGGGGUAUUGGAGUCGAAUCCGAGGGGUACAACUGCGGCAACAUGUUUGUCAACAUCAAACCCAAAUGGUUGAGAAGAACAUUGCAAAGAAUUACAUACGGAGGAGGCUUCUGUUAUCUUGUUGAUUUGAUUUAUGGUUGA